AGUCGGACAGAUCCGCUGUAUCCCAGAUGCACCUGUAAGUGCCUUCUUUAGCAUUUUUGCGGGAUCUGGCACCCCUGGUAGAUGUCAACUGGGCAUGCGCACGAUAACGGCCGCUAAAAUUGACCAGUUAGUGCUGGCGGCGCGGCCUUCUCAGCCUCGGUGUGGAUUUGAGCACUUGGCGGAUCGGAGCGCUAUAACGCUGCAGGACACCGCGCUGUGGCUCUGCUAAACGCAUCUGACGGCACAGAUAAUAAUAAUAACAACUGACACAGCACGCUUUUCCCUCUAAAUUAAAUAAAUAAGACUAGCUAGUUGGCUAGUUUGUGCUCUGAAUCCUCACUGUGCAGUUUAGCAAUGGAAGCUCCACCAGUCACAGUCAUGCCUGUUACAGGCGGCACAAUUAAUAUGAUGGAGUACUUGUUACAAGGCAGUGUUCUGGACCAGUCCUUGGACAGUCUGCUCCAUCGGCUUAGAGGUUUAUGUGACAACAUCGAGCCAGAAAGCUUUGCUGAUCAUGAGCUUGUCUACCUUCUGAAAGGUCAGCAGGGAAAUCCAUUCAUCCUGCGAGCCAGACGAUCACUUGCUCACCCAACUGCUCCCUGGCACUUACGUUAUCUUGGGCAGCCGGAGGUGGGUGACAAGAGUCGCCACGCCUUAGUACGGAACUGUGUAGAUGUCGCUGCCUCACAUAGCCUGCCUGAUUUUUUAAAUGAGAUGGGUUUUCGAAUGGAUCACGAGUUUGUAGCCAAAGGCCAUAUUUUUCGCAAGGGGGCUCUCAAGGUGGUUGUGAGCAAACUGUCCCGAGUACUUGUGCCAGGCAACACGGAUAAUACUGAACCUUUGUCUCUGUCCUACCUAGUGGAACUUAGUGUGUUAGCACCAGCAGGGCAGGACACGGUGUCUGAAGACAUGCGUAGCUUUGCAGAGCAGCUUAAGCCAUUAGUACACUUGGAGAAAAUUGAUCCCAAAAGGCUCAUGUAGGUGCCAAAAGCCAUUCUGAUGUAACUUGAAGUGGCAGCUUUGAAUUGUGGCAUCACCUAAAAUAUCAAGUUUUAAAGUAGUAAAGUGACCAAGAUUGCAGGAUAUAGUCUAUUUAAUUUGCAGCUGGAAAAAAUUAUCCACGGCAACAGGAGCCUAUUUUUGAAAAUGAUUUAUUUUUUAUGAAUAAGAUGCACAAUUCUGUAUAUUGAUGUGCUAUUUAGUCUUAUCAAUAUCGUGUUAAAUGGUUGUAAAUGUUAUUUUCAGAAUAAAAAAAGUGCCUCAUUUGGCACUCUUUCUGUUA